GUAUGUAUUCAUAAUCCCUUGUGUCAUGUGAUCUACAUCAAUCCUUGCCCAGUAUCUACCCUCAGUGGAGAAUUGGCAGACCAGGGGUAAUAUACUAACUCACUGUUUUUGUUUGCAGCGUUUUUGUUUAUGUGUUGCACCUUUAUGGAAAUAUUUGAUUUUUUUUCAGUAAUAGUAGACACAGUAGAUGAAUUCAAAAGUUGCAGUUGUGAUGGAAAUCAGCACAUAGUUGGAAGAGCAAAAUAAUUUGUGGAAUAUCCAAAGAGUAGAGCUACACCCCUGACUGACACAACUUUCAACCAUGAGAGACAACUUCUUCAACUAGAGGCUCAUCACAGUAUUUGAGAACUUUCUGUGAUGGGUCAGCGACUGAGUGAGGAGAGUGAUUCAGACCAGGAAAUUGAUGUUGCAGAGCUGCAGGAGUGGUAUAAGAAGUUUGUGGUGGAGUGCCCAAGUGGAACACUCUUCAUGCACGAGUUCAAGAGCUUCUUCGGCGUUACUAACAACAAGGAGGCGGCCGAUUAUAUCGAGAAUAUGUUUCGCGCAUUUGACAAGAACGGAGUGAGUAGCAUACAGAUUACUGUCAUCUGAUGGGGGCCUUUGAGGGCCACAGUGUCCACAUGUCUUUCAAGUGAUAACUGUUGAACAUCCCUUUCUCUUCAUUUCCGUAUUUAUUGAUGAGUAUCAUUUAAUUAUUUUAUGAUUUUUUUCCUUUGCAGGACAAUACAAUUGAUUUUCUAGAGUAUGUUGCAGCCCUGAACCUGGUCUUGAGGGGCAAGUUGGAACAUAAACUGAAAUGGACUUUCAAAAUGUACGACAAAGAUGGAAGUGGCUGCAUUGACAAAACAGAGCUGCUGGAGAUUGUAGAAGUAACAGUCGUUCAAAGAUUAGUGUAUGAUUACAUAAAAUACAGUUUCUAUAUGCAUAUAUACAUAUAUGGGAUAUCAUUCCAAAAUCUGCUUAUCUUCUCUCUCAGUCCAUCUACAGACUGAAGAAAGCCUGUCAUGGAGAACUGGAUGCAGAGUGUAACCUCCUGACCCCAGAUCAAGUGGUCGACAGAAUAUUUGAACUGGUUGAUGAAAACGGAGAUGGUGAGGACAUUUUCUUUACCCCUUUACUUCUGACAGCUUGAUCUGUGGUUUUAAUACUUUUAUGAUUUAGCAGGUCCUCACUGUGAUUUCCAUAGCAUUAUGACUGUGUAACACAUUAUUGUGUGUAACAUUCUAAAGUAUUUAGAAAAUUGCACCAUU